UCCUUCACUCCCCUUUCGCUUUCUCUCUCUCUCUCUCUCUGAUCCUUUCCUAGGUUAAGAAAUCUGGGCGCAACCUCGACUCGAGUGCUCAUCCUUCGCCUGAUACCCACACGACAAUUUUGCUUUACAAACUUCCCAUUGUUCGCUACUUGGGCUUGUGUUUGCAUCUCUGUUGAUAGAUGGGGUUUCUGAUUGAAAAUUAACUCAAGCCUAAAGCAGCAGUCUUCUUACACCGGGUUUCCUUAGAAAUCUAAUAUAAAAAUUUGUCAAUGCCACAGCCAUUUUUUCUCACUCAGCCGCCGCCGCCGCCGCCUCCGCCUCCCAAUCUUCAAUCUAACAGUUUAGAUUUGAACAACAGGGUUAAUCCUAGUAUAUUGCUCGUCAUUAUAAUUAUAGCCAUCAUUUUCUUUGUUUCUGGUUUGCUUCACUUGCUGGUUAGAUUCCUCUUGAGACCCACUCAGAGAGAUCCAGAUGAUUCGGAUAAUGUGACUGCUCUCCAGGGGCAGUUGCAGCAGCUCUUCCACCUUCAUGAUUCUGGGGUUGACCAGUCCUUCAUAGAUACCCUUCCUGUCUUCCACUACAAAUCCAUUAUAGGUUUGAAGAACCCCUUUGAUUGUGCUGUCUGUCUGUGUGAAUUUGAGACUGAAGAUAAGCUUAGAUUGUUGCCCAAGUGCAGCCACGCCUUCCAUAUGGAGUGUAUAGACACAUGGCUCUUGUCUCAUUCCACUUGCCCCCUCUGUAGAUCUAGCUUGCUUCCUGAGCUCUCGCAGGACAAUGGCUGCUCACCUAUUGUCCUUGUUCUUGAAUCUGGGAGUUCAAGAGAGAUUGUUCCAGACAGAGAAGCUGUUCUUGGCACUAGCAACUCAGUUGCAAGAACCAACUCCCAUCUGGGUUUUCACCGAGAUGCUGAAUUGGGGUUGUUCUCCAUCGAUGUUCCACAUAAAUCUUGUGAAAUCCGGGAGAAAGGCAAUGCUGCUCUUGCAGAAGAAAGAGUUGUUCCGGUUAAGCUUGGGAAGCUAAAGAAUGUGGAGGGAGGUGAAGGCAGUAUUGAUAAUGGUAAGGAUGCCAGAAGGUGCUUCUCUAUGGGGUCUUUUGAGUAUGUGAUGGAUGAUAAUUCGUCAUUGCAAGUGCCCAUUAGAACCCCCAUGAAGAAACAAUCAAGCAAGAAGUCUUCUCUGCCAUUAACGCCUGGUCACAGACCUGCAAUGUCUGAAUGUGAUUGCGAAUCAAGAAGGAAAUUCAAUGGUUUUGAGGCAAGUAGUAGUGAAAUUCAUGGGGGUAUCGUUAGUAAUGGUAAUGGAAAUAGCUCUGCCAUUGGAAGGAGCAGGAGUGAGAGCUUUUCAGUUUCAAAGAUCUUGCUUCGGCCGAAGAAGGAGGAGCACAACUCAGUACCAGUGGAUUCAAGACGUGCUUUCUCGUUCCGGUUUCCUUUGCACCGGACCGUCGCUGCCUCAGCUGCUGAUGAUUUCAAGCUAAGGAGUAAUGAUGGUGCUAGGAGGACCAUCUCUGAGAUUGACUUUGGCAUGUGGAAAAAUGGAGGGAGUCAAUUGGGGCGUGAUGACGAUACUCAGAGCCACAACAGUUUGGAUUCUCAGGCAAAUCCACCAUCUUUUGCAAGAAGAACUCUGCUUUGGCUCGUGGGUAGGCAGAACAAGGUUGUUCACUCUUCAUUCUCUCCCAAUGUUUAAUCUCCCUCCAUCAUUUUUGUUUCUAGGCAAGUUUUCUUUUCUUUGAAUCAUUCUGAAAGGCAAAAUUGAAGGAGCAGCAGUAGCUAAAAAAUGAGAUUGAAAGUGAGGAGGAGAAUGGAGUAUGCCAGAGAUCUAUUUACAAAAUUUCACUGCAAAUGCUUGUUAUACAGAGCAAGUUAGGAGUAAAUGAUUGUUAUUUAUUUCA